GUGUACACCGCGUUCCAGGACUGCCUCUUCGAAAUGAUGAUGCUGGUGGAGAGCGUCAUCCUGAAGAAGCUGGAGGGGCUUUCCGAGUGCGACGUCAGCCCCCUCCACAUCCGGAGGAGCACCGAGAAGUUCCUUCUCUUCCUGAAGGAGCACUUCGAUGAACUCUUCGGUAAAAUGGAAGAAAUGCUUCUGCAGCUGGUGCUGAACAUCCCGAAGAACGUGCUCCUUCCCGAGGACAAGGUCCACAAGCAGUAUCCCUACAGCAAAGAGCAGUUCCAGGCGCUUCAGGAUGAGAUCCAUCAGCUGCAGGAGCAGUACCGGGCUGAGGUGUCCGCGGGGCAGGCGCUGCGGGCGGAGCUGGAGGAGCAGAAGGUUGUUCAGGCAGAGCUUGAGAAGAUAAUGCAGUGUUCUGAUGGGCUGGAGAAUAUCUGCAGGGAACACUGGAAUUGCAGCUUCAGAGAGAGCUUUGCUUUCCUGGCACCCAACCUUAAGAAACUGCAAGAUAAGCUGAAAGAUGUUGAAGAGAAAAGCAAAAAAAUAAAGAAGCUUGAUACUGUAAAAUGA